AUGCUCAACCACACGACAGGCACCACCAUAAAGGGCGGUCAGUUCACCGAGGUUCGCGGUGACUACUCUAGCAUCGACGCUUCAGACAAGAGGAGCAGGACUCACGUCGUGCAUAACCACGCGAUGCAUGAGAGAUACGCCCACCACGUCGGGGACGUGUAUCACGGUUCCGUAGGCAGCGUCCAAAAGGGCAUUCACCUCCACAAUGCGCCCGUCAGUACGACCAACGACUUUGGAGGGGGGUUUCCGACGUCGCCCUCUACAUUCGGGUCCGUCGAUCACAACCUCUCGCCUGGUUUGGCUCUACCGCGGCGAGUUGAGAGAGCGCGAUCCCCUUCUCGAAGGGACACCGAACCCCCGCAAUAUCCCAGGUUGCCUGCAGGGGCCCAUUUGGAAACACAUACCCAGCAACCGACCUUCAACGACGGCCGUCAACAGGAACGUCCGGCGUUCUUCGUCGUAGAUUCAGCCACUGGAGAGCGUGUCUCGCCAUCCGUAUCUCCCACCACUGCAUUCCCGAGUCCUCGACAAAGAGGAUAUAGCGACAGACCAUCGCCCAUAUCCACAAUGCACGACAGACACUACUUUGACAACGUGUAUCGCAGCUCCCAGCAGCGAGAUUCCAGCAACGUUAUCUCGAACACUCCUGGGGGGUGGUACUGCCAGGAGCAUAACAGCGUCGGGUCCACUGGACGAGCUUCUACGAUGCCAAGCCCAUCACAUGCACCAGGCGACUCGCACCCGGGCGAUUAUCACAGGCAGAGAAAUGGCUAUGGGGACAACCAGGUCCCCCCUCUCGAACAUUAUGGAAGGAGGGACCCUGUUCUUCAAGGGACAGCCGAGUUCUCAGAGGAACCCGCUGAUGAUUUCUAUCUCGACCACCAAUCGCGUCCAAUGGAGAAGAGGCCCAAGAAUAACCCGUUCCUAAACUCGAUGACAAAGGGACGGAGUGAUUUACAUUGA